AUGACGGAAAUUUUGCCAAUACCAUCCGUGCCUAGGUCACAAACCGCAUGGUUAACGCCGAGCUGCGUCGCAUCCCCAGACAAAAAGGAGCAAGUGUCUCAAAUUCUCAAGACUGUGAAUCUUUUUAAUCAUCGAUUCUCGGUGCGGAGUGGAGGUCAUAGUCCCAAUCCGGGAUUUUCUAUCCUACAAGGAGAGGGUUUGCUCAUCGAUCUGCGAAAGAUAAAUCAUAUCGCUGUGAGCAGUGACUCAAAGAUAGUCGAUUUGGGACCAGGCGCUCGGUGGGGAACUGUCUAUGCCAAGUUGGACAGUUACAAUGUAGGUGUCCUAGGCGCAAGGAUCCCAACCGUUGGUGUUGGCGGCGCGUUCCUAGGAGGCGGGUUCUUUCACUUCUCGGGUCAGUUCGGCAUGGCAGUAGAUAAUCUCAAGUCCGUAGAGAUUGUGCUGGCAGACGGAAAGAUAGUUGAGGCUAGUGUACAACAAAACUCGGAUCUCUUCUGGGCGAUAAAAGGAGGAGGGCCAAAUUAUGGUAUUGUAGUGAAUUAUAAGGCAAACACCGUCCCAGUGAAGAAUAUGUGGUAUCAGGUGGGCCAGUAUGCCACAUCAGAAGUACCCGCAAUCUUGGACGCUUUUGCGAAGUGGCAGAAGACGGGCGCUUCUGACGUAAAGGCAACAGUAGCUUUGAUUAUUGGGCUUGAGUCCACGACGUUAGGUUUCUUCUACUCCGAACCAGCGACCAAACCUGCGUCGUUCGAUGCAUUUAAUAGUCUGACGCCACUUGCGCCCGUAUUCACUACCAACGGUACUGUUCAAAGCCUUACCGAUCUGUUAGGUGGAGUUGCUGCCCCCGGAGCUCUGCGACACGAUUACAGGGCUGCAAGCUCUAAAGUUGACGCGCAGCUUUACAAAGACGUUUACGCUUUUUGGAGACAGCAGGCCGAUGCAGUCCACAAUUCUACUGGAGCAAACAUGACCUUCACUCUUCAACCUGUGCCCCCAAAUCUUGCUCGAGAGGGUUCUAGGAAAGGUGGAAACCCCAUGGGGGUCCCAAAAGAAGCACAUCAAUGGUGGACUACUCUGGUUGAUUGGACACGCGCUGAAGAUGACGAUGCUGUACGAGCUGUUCCAAUUGCUACUGAACAGAAAUGGGUUGAAUUGAGCAAGGCACGAGGUCUGCAUGUACCAUAUCUGUUCUUAAACGAUGCAUCAAGGGACCAGAAUCCACUUGCUUCGUAUGGAGCAGCUAAUCUACAAAGGAUGCGGACAAUAGCAAAGAAGUACGACCCUGGCGAGGUGUUCCAGAAACUACAAAACGGGGGGUUUCUAUUGUCAAAAGCUUAG